GCUGUGGGUGAAUGGGAUGGAAGAAGAGUUCUUGUUUUGUAUAUCAGUUUCUGGCUUUUUAUGUAUUUUUGGUUCAAAAUCGCGCGAACAAAGCGAAGAUUCCUUCUAUUACACUGAACAAAACUUUAAGGCGCUAAAGGGAGUAAAUUCAUCCGCGGGGCAGGGUUGUAGUGGUGAAAUGCUCGGCUAUUUGUAGAUAUAUAUUUUAAUAAUUGGUGAGUGUGUGUAAGUGUAUGAAGAUCGGGGUUUGACUGCUGGAGGAGUGUGUACAAGGCUCCACCCCCCACUCUGCCAGUUGGAUGGUGUUCAAGACGGCAGACGUUGGGAAGGCAGCUGUGUUGGGUUUUUGGAAGAAGAGAUCGAUGAUGGAACUGCAAAAUUUACAGGAAGCACUCAAAGUGGAAAUCCAGAUCCAUCAGAAACUCGUAAGCCAGAUGAAGCAAGAUCCACAGAAUGCAGAUCUGAAGCUGCAGCUCCGUGACCUGCAGGCCAAGAUCACAGCGCUGAGUGAGCGGCAGAAAAAGGUGGUGGAGCAGUUAAGGAGAGAUCUACUGGUGAAACAGGAAGAUAUGAAGCUACAGACACUACAAGCCGAUGGGCAAACGUCUACCUUGCUCAUCACACAGACACAGACACAGACGCCUCUGCCUGCUGCCAGCCUCAUUACUCCACAGAGCUCUGUGGUCCCUGUCAUUGCUUCAAAGACUCUACCUCUGGUGCUAAGAGCGGCCACAUCCACCUCACCUAUCAUCAUGACACCAGCACCUACUUUCACCGUGGUUACAACCCUCGGCAGCACACUCCUGGCAAGCACUCCUAGCUCAGAUCCUCAGAAGUCCCCAGUAAACUUCCAACCGGUCAUCCAAACGACCAAUCAGGGAGCAGAGCCGGUGCGGGUCUUACCCAAUAGCACCGUUGUUGUGCAAGCUGCCUCCCAACCAAUCAAAGUUCCUCAGUUUGUCCCACCAAUCAGACAGACAACACGACCAGCCACUCUACCGCAGGUCAGGCCAAAACCUCCAGCAUCUUUGUCUCCAGCUGCUGGUCAGGUUUCUGUGCACACCUUACAGUCACCGGUGUUACUGAGCACAGCCCUUCCUUCCUCUGGUCACGUCCAGCAGAUGCAAAUCCUCAAUGGCCUGCCCUUCCCCAACAGCUCUAGCAGCACAAGCAUCCUGAUCUCCCCAUCUAUAAACACGCUACCGUCUGCGCAGACACACACACAGCAGUUACCUCACAAAAGCCCAAGCUCUGACAACACGAUAUGCGCAGUGGAAUAUGGGACAGAGCCAAAGACUUCAUUGCUCAUCUCUCCAGACACACCUACACACACUUCACCUCCACUGUCUUUUUAUGCGCCAUCUUCACCUGCCCCCACCAACACACACACGCCUUCCUCCAAACAUCAGGAGAGCCCUCUGAAACUGGCCUUCAUGUUGUCUCUGGGACUCGUCACGCGCGACUAUUUAGAAGAGAUUCAAAGCAGGCGUCAGGAACGCAAAAGACGUACAACAGCAAAUCCAAUAUAUAGCGGAGCCAUGUUUGAACCAGAGCGGAAGAAGAGCUCAAUGUCAUAUCUGAGCUCCAUAAACCAGUCCAGCAGGAAGAGAGCCAAUGAGGACAGCUUGUCAGAGGUCGCCUUUCUAAAAACUGCAGUAUUGUGGAGCGGGGGGCCCCUCCCCCCAACCACCAGCAGCCAUCAUUCUGCCUCCCCAGACCUUCAGCGGCCCACCACGGGCAGCCCAUUCUCCCCUGCCCUUUCACUCACCCUUCCAUCACAUUCACCCUCACCCAGCCCCAGCUCGGCAGGGGAUAUUUUGCAGAAUGAAGAUGCCAUUGAGUGGCCAGGGACUCUUGCUAUUGUCCAUUCCUACAUCUCCUAUAAAGCAGCUAAAGAGGGGGAGAAGGAUCGUCUGAAAAGAUGGAGCACAGAGUUGCGGCAGGAGAGAGAGACGCUGGAGCACAGAAUCGGACAACUCAGCAAAUCUAUAACAAGAUGUAUGGACAGCAAGAAUAGCGUAUUGGCCCAGCAGAGAGAGAUGGAGGCUUCGCUUGAGAAAAUGAGAGGGCUGGUGCGUCUGAUCAGAGGGAUCCAGUUCUCUCCCUUCAUCUGUCCCGGGGCCAUGGCUAACGGAGAAACGUCCCACAACGGAGCUUCCAAACCCAGCAGCUCUAGUGCGGUCACCACAGACACAAACAACAACACAAAUGCCCAAACAAGCUCCUCGGAAGCGACAGUGAUAAUUAGCACCCUCACAAACCCAAGCGAUACCUUAAAGCAGAUCGCCAUAAAUAACAACCCAGAGGCUGCAGGUGCAAAGAGCAAUGAGGGCAGUGAGGAGAGCGCACAAAUUAACAGCAUGUCCAGAAUCAAAAGCGAACCCACGAAUGCAAAUGCUGCAGCCUUCAGCAAUAACAGCAGCAACCAGGCACUUCUCGGUACCAACGGAACCGUGUCCACAGGAGAGGAGAAUACAAAAAAACACAAAAACAACAGCGACCUCAGUGUCAUCCCACAGGCCCUCCUCAGCUCAAUCGUACCCCGUACAGAAGUGACAGAGGGGGUGAAAUAGCAUCGACUACCCCGCCGCAGUUGGGGCGUAAAGCGUGCCAGUUAGCAGUGUUGUUGAUUUGUGUUGUUGUUUCAUCUCUUGUAUCUAUGAGGGAAAGAAAAUCCAUAGUGCCAUUUACUACAUGCAGGAAGGAGGUUCCUAAAGUACCAGCAAUGUGUAUGCUCACGUGUGCACACAGAAAAGAUUUCUACAAAGAAUAAUGAUAUAGAAAAGAGUAAUAAAAUUUUAAGAUAUCACACCAUUGUGUGCCUGAUACAGUUGCCAUAGCACCUCUGAGUGGGAACGCUUCUGAAGGCUGGAUCGGGGUGAAGGUCUCGUCCUGCUAGAUGAGUAGUGCAGCUUCCUAUCAGGUCCUGUAGCUCAGAUCUAAGAUACGACGUGUUGAGGAGUUCAGCGUCCGUUUUGUCUGUGAAACGCAACCGAGGUGCAGUUGUUUCGUCUAGUUUUCAGUUGUUGUGUCUCCAGGACGGAACUUGGAGCGCAAACACAGGUUCUUUAUCACACACUGACAGAAAUACAGGUCUUCCAGGCGUUCUUCUGGGGGUUUGACUAGUAUCAUUUGCAUUUGUCUAUCUUGUGGUGUUUUUAAAAACCGAGAAAAUAACUUUCUGUAAAUAUGUUUUGCUAUUUUUUACACAUUAUUUAUAAUUUUACAAUAAUAUUCCGUAGUUCAGUUCUGCCAAAUAAUGGAUGCCACAGGGAACUCUUCUUUUCGAUUACUCUGAACAUUAAAUAGAUAUUUAAGAGUAGUAGUGUAGUAUUUGUAGUGUCAGUCCUGAAGUGUCUGUGAGGUAAAUUCUGACCAUGCCUUAUCUACUAAACAGAUGUGAUUUACUGAGAGCGCGGUUCAUGCGCCGUCACAGACGGGAAUGAUCUGAGAUGUCUCUCACAUCACUCUCGCUCCAUUUCCACGUCCAGAGGAUUUUUUUAUUUCCCCAAACUGUAGCAGGGGUCUCAUGCCUUGUCCAACGACUUGGGAGGAAUCAUGCAGUCAGAAAUAUCCCAUGAAACCGCUAUGCCAGUAACGUUAUGCUUAUGGGCCAAUUUAAGGGCUUCUGUUCUGUAUCGUUUUAACACACUUUACUACACUGUUCACUGUAAACCUGUCCAAAAGCACAACACGGCAGACGUUUUACGUGCCUAGUGCAACUACUUCUACCAGUGUCUCCUCUGUUAGCGCUUUAUUUACCAUAUCGGAGCUCUCUCACCGCUGUGUAUUUCACAGUGUGUGACUGCACACGAACAAGCACAGACAAACACACCAGACCAGUUCUAACACCUGUGCCAAGAUGACACUUCCAUGGUGUUAAAAAAAAAAGAAGAAAAAAGCACAAGAAAUAAUCCAGACACACGUUGGUGUCAAAUGCUUUUGAUAAAAGACAGAAAUAUCUACAGUGUUUAUAUCUUCAUUUGAGGUUUGUGAGUGUUUUCAAUGCUAAA